AUGAAUGUGUUGGCCUCAGAAUGCAGUAGUGGUUGUGAGUCUGGUUGGACUCUAUACUUGGAACAGUCUAAUUUUCUUUCUCAUAAUCCAAGUGCUUCACAUAGAGAUAGUGGUUUCUGUGAUGAGUACAAGGAUAAAAGAAGUAAACAAGCUGAUGGUGAUGAGGGGGAUGAAGAAGAAGAGGACCAGUCAAUGGUUUCUGAUGCAUCUUCUGGGCCUCCACAUUUCAAUGAAGAUGAAGUUUACUUAGACGAUAAUACUAAUAAUAAUAUUAAUGGGUGUUUCUGUCCUCCAUCCAAGGAUCUUGGACCUUUGAAGUUUAGAGGAAAAAAGCAGAGAAUCAAAGAAAAAGGUAGGCGCUCAUGUGGUGAUCAACAACAACAACAACAACCAUCUUUUCUAGAUGACACUGCCAGCUCCCCUGUCUUCAACUACUCCAAGAAUAACUUCAUUGUGUCCAAUAAUCAAGCUUCUGGGGGUAGUAGUAGUGUCCUGGAUUAUUCACAAGGCUUCUCAUCUACUCAUUUUCAGGGGAGAUCUGCAUACCAAGACCACUUUGGUUUCCUACAAUCUACUCUAUCUGGAAAUAACCUUCAGAACAACCAGGUAGGGGAUUGGCAUGAGAUGAAGGAAAGGGAUAUCUUCAUCAUCAGUUGCUGGUCUCUUCUUGUUUCUACCACUACAGCAGCUGCUGUAUUACUUUCUCAAGUAGAGAUGGUGGGGAGAGGCUGCAAAAAGUAG